ACUCAGAGCAUUCAAGCAAUUGCCAGGCAGCAGCCAUGAUCCCUCCCUGGCCUGUAGUGCACGCUGCGGUGUUUGCCCUGGCAGCCCUGCAGGCCCUGGCCUCAGACACCUUCAUUGCGGCUGUGUACGAGCACGCCGUCAUCCUGCCACGUGCCGCUCAAGAGACAGUUUCUCCUGAAGAUGCUUUGGCCCUGAUGAACAAGAACAUGGACAUCUUGGAAGGAGCCAUCAAGGAAGCAGCCCAGCAGAGCCUCUUCUGCCAGGGUGCGCACAUCAUUGUGACUCCUGAGGAUGGCAUUUAUGGCUGGGUUUUCACAAGAGAAGCCAUCUACCCGUACCUGGAGGACAUUCCCGAUCCAGAGGUGAACUGGAUUCCCUGCAUUGAUCCCACAAGAUUUGCUCCAACACCAGUGCUGGAACGACUCAGCUGCAUGGCCAGGAAUAACUCCAUCUAUGUGGUUGCAAACAUCGGGGACAAGAAGUCGUGCAAUUCCAGUGAUCCCAGCUGCCCCAGUGAUGGUCGCUACCAGUACAACACCGAUGUUGUCUUUGACUCAGAAGGGAAACUGGUGGCUCGUUACCACAAGUACAACCUAUUUAGACAAGAAACACAGUUUAAUUACCCUAAAGAGCCAGAACUUGUCACCUUCAAGACACCCUUUGGAAAGUUUGGCAUUUUCACUUGCUUCGACAUCCUUUUCCGGGAGCCUGCUGUGGUGCUGGUGAGUGAGCUCCAGGUGGACACGGUGCUCUUCCCAACGGCCUGGAUGAACGUCCUGCCCUUUCUGACUGCUGUGGAAUUUCACUCUGCAUGGGCAAUGGGCAUGAGAGUCAAUUUAUUGUCAGCAAAUACUCACAACAUCAGAAUGUCUAUGACAGGGAGUGGGCUGUUCACGCCGGGCGGAGCGGCCGCCUACUAUUACAACAGUAAGACAGAAGAGGGACGUCUCCUGGUAGCCGAGCUGAGUGCACGACCCCGUCUUUCUCCCACCUACCCUCCUGCAGUCAACUGGAGCUUGUACGCUACAAGCGUGAAAAACUUUACAGAAGAUAUCACUUUUCUGGGAGCUGUCCGGCGUGAUAUAUUCACUUUCAGUGAACUCAAGCACGAAGAUGGAAAUUAUACAGUUUGCCAGAAGGACCUCUGUUGUCAUUUGACCUACAGGAUGUCAAACAAGAGCAACGAUGAAAUUUAUGUACUUGGUGCAUUUGAUGGGCUUCAUGGUUCUGUCAUAAAAUACCAUUGGCAGGUAUGCACACUGCUCAAGUGUAAGAGCACAGACCUGAGCACAUGUGGGCAGCCGGUGGAGACUGCGCAGACCAAGUUUGACAUGUUCUCCCUCAGCGGCACGUUUGGCACUAACUACGUCUUUCCAGAGGUCUUGUACAGCGACGUGCAGCUGGCCCCUGGGGAAUUUGAGGUGCUACCUGAUGGACGUCUGGAAAGUAAGAAUACCACAUCAAAACCACUCUUAACAGCAACACUUUUUGGAAGACGUUACGAAAAGGACCUGAAGCAUCCCCUGCGAAACUCCCCAUAAUGUAACUCCUUAACUGUUACACAAGUAGCAUAGGCAGAAUGAGAAUUUCCCAUGGUGACCAUGAGCUCCUCAUGAUUUGUGGCAGUUAUCCUGUAUCAUUCCUGUUCUGCAGUCUUACGCUUCUGUUUAGCAGUUGUGGCAGUUGAGUUUAUUUAGGAGAAAGAGAUGUGAACACUCUGUUGUGUACCUAUAUCAGUGGUACAUCAUUUAAAUAGUGCUUGAGCCAAUGCAAUUAUUAUUUAUGCUCAGUCAGAUGAAGUCUCUGAUUAGAAUUUUUUUUUUAUUUUCAAAGAUAUAAUGUAGGUUGCCAGGAUAACACUAGUCAGACACUGAUACUAAAAUGUGUGAUGUGAAGUUUGCUAAUUUAAUGCUGAACAAAUCUUCCCCAGAGAAGCCUUGUUGUCCCUUCCUGUUUUUCAGACUGCAUGAACACUGCAUGAAAAAGUGUCCAUGUUCCUCAGCCUUACACACCAUUCAGCAGGGCCUUCCUAAUGCUUAAUGGGCCUUGAUGACAUUCAGACCACGGUACUUAACUAUGAAGAAAAAAACAGCUUUGUAAUGGUUUUAGGUGCAAUCUCAGAGAGAGAAAGUGGUUCUCCAUGACCCACACAGACACCAAGUCUGCUCCGUAAAGGACCUUCAGUUCUGCAAUCCCUCUGAGCUUGCAUGGCACACAUGGCAAUCAUGGCAUACACGUGUUGGGUCCAAGCAUUUCAGAUCAGACUUAAACAUAGUAUAUUAGAACAUUCCACUGGGUAUUUGGAAAAUUUCUUCAAAACUCUGGAAAUGAAUGAAAUAUGUAAUGUUUUAGUACCCGAGACACAUUUGACCAUGUAGUAUGAGAAAUGUGCAUUAUUUGGGACUUGUAGCCAUUAUUAUAUCUAUGUCCCAUUACUUGGGUCAUGUGAAACUUGGCAGCCCUGGGUCUGGUUUAUAUCUACCAUGUUCUGCAGAGAACAGGCCUCAUUUCAUCACGUAUGCCGUGGAGUGCUCCCUGCCUUAAUACUUAUCCCAUAGCCUUUUGCAUCUACUGCCCUUCAUAUCACUGGCAUACAGCAUGCACUAUGCUUAGCAUUGCGCUGCCCUAACUGUGGCACAAUAGAAAAACUCUGUGGCUUCCCACCACAAGCACACCAAUGUACAUUAUCCAGAAUUUGUUGUAAUCCUCUUAUUUUUGUUUUCCUUGUGGUGCUGAUUCUCAGCGUCCAACUUUGGAGGUUCCUUUGUUUCAUCCUGGAAAUAAAAUAGCUGAGUUUAUAUUCAGGGGAGGGAUUGUGCUACUUGGGAGCAGUUAUUCAAACUUGCAAGCCCUCAAGGCUGUGCUGCCUUGUGGCUUGUCCAGCAUCUCACCCUUUUCUCACCUGGCCUAAGGUUGUAACCCAGGACAGUCCUUGAUCAAACAGGUUUUGGUCAAGAGAGAAGUUGACUCCUCAACAGCAGUACUGUUGGUCAUGUAAUGGGUACAGGGUUCAUAAUAUCCAGAUGUAGAAGACCAUGCUGAUGGGUGGGAGCUGAUCCCCUGCUCCCAGUCUGGUACACUCCAGGAACUUUUAUGGUUUGUAACCAGCAGCAAUUUCUGAAGGGCAAACAAGAAUAAGCAUGUUGGUUAUGAAGACCUCCAGUGUCAACCUGUUGACAAUGUAGGUCCAUUGGUUUGCACUGGGUGUCAUCAGCCACAUACGUAGAGUGAGAAGUGUCUCUGCAGCUGAGCAGCCAGGAGCUUUGCCUUGGGGGUGGUCCCUAAGGUGGUGCUUUCCCAUCCAUUCUCCGAGUGCUGCUCACUCAUCCAUGUGCCCCUAAAGAGGUAAAAGAGUAACUAACACCUCACAAAUGCUCUGAGAAAGGCAAGUGCUACCCUGACAUUGAAACUCCGGUACUGAAAAUGACCUUAAAAUUUUAAAAAGGCUGCUUCCUGCAGCCCUCUUACCACACAGGUGCUGCAAGAGCUGCAAACUCCAGGGACCUCCUUCUUAUGCACCCUGUCACUCACCUCCAUCUCUUACUCAGCUGCACCUUCAGCACUUCGGGCAAAAUAUGCUUUUAUUAACCUGCCUAGAUUUACUAGCAUGGUAGAAAAAAAAAAAGAGAGAGAGGGGGAAAAAAAGAGAGGAACUUCUACUGUAGCUGCAUGUGAACAUAAUUUGACUUCUGUUUUUGUUGCAGUCGAAUCACCUGAAUAAAAUAUGAUUUCACUGGUUGGAAUCAAUACUUUUACAUGUUAAUCCAAAAAAAAAAAAAAA